AUGCCUGGGGGCAGCCUUGCCCUUCACGAGCCAUGUCCAUGGAAGGAGCUCUGCUCAGAUCUUCAGGCAUCUCGUGGAGAAGGUCAGUUGGUCGCCUUGGUAGAGCUAGCUGCUCUCCAAGCUUCAGGCGUCACUGGUGAGGAGAGCAUGGAUGACAACCAGGUCAAGAAGAAGCUGCAAAACCAGAUUGCCAGCCUCGGAGCCCAGCUGUAUCGGCGCAGCCGCGAGCUGCCGCUGCGUGCCAUCCCCCGCGCACUGGCAGCGUUGAUGCAGCUGGUGCCGAACGAGUCCUUGGAGGCAGACUUCCUCCCUUUGCUGCGGCGUUGCACUGGACGGCUGGGCUACCGACUGAGUGAGCUCCUGGAUGCCAAUGCGAGUCAGCACGAGCGUCUCCAGGACUUUGACGUUGACGCGCUUGGGGAGGUGCUGUAUGUCUGCGCUGCAGCCAACUACACAGACAAUAGCUUCUUGGAGACGAGUAAACGCUGGAUCCUCCACGACAAUGCGACGGACCUGAAGGCGAUGCGGCGCAAUGUGACUGCGAUCCACCUGCUUCACUCCUUCUCGCUCCUGAAGGUCGCCCGUGGCGACUUGCUCCACAGACUAGUGGCAGAGGCCCAGGGUCGGCUGGAGCAGUUCACUGCCUUCGAGGUUCUGGGGUUCCUCGAUGCAGCUGUGAUUUUGCAAGCUGAGUCGGACAAGCCCUUGCCGUCGGCCUUCAUGUUCGAUGAGAGCGACCAGGGUCCUCCUCCGUCCGGAAUUGGCGCGCAGACCUCAGUUCGCCUCAGUCCACGGGCCGACCGAUGA